AUGAAGGCGCUGCGGCGAUCCAGCACCUCGUCGUCGCCGCCGUCGUCGUCCUCGCCGACGGCCGCGUCCUCCCCGCCGUCCUCUUCGUGGAUCCACAUCCGCUCGCUCCUCGUCGCCGCCGCGUCCUCGUCGUCCUCCUCCUCCUCCUCGUCCUCCUCCGCCGCGGCGGGGAGCGCGGUGGCUGUGGUGUCGGCUGCGGCGGCCGCCUCGUCCUCUUCCUCGCCGGCGUCGUCCUCGCCGCACUCGGAUCGGGCUGGUAUUAAAUCUCCAUGGUCCCGAAGGAAAAGAAAACGAGCACUUUCCCGUGAACAGUGGGAGAGUCUGUUUUCAGCAAAUGGAAAGCUUCGUGAUGGUGGAAAGAAGUUUCUCAAGAAAGUUCGCAGUGGUGGCAUUGAACCAAGCAUUAGGGCUGAAGUUUGGCCCUUCCUACUAGGAGUCUAUGAUCUGAAUAGCUCUGAAGAGGAAAGGAACUCUGUCAAGAUCAAGAAAAGGAAAGAGUAUGAAAAGCUGAGGAGGCAGUGCCAACAAAUUCUGAAUGGGUACAAGGGAAAUGGGUUGAAGGCAAUAACUGAAGUUAAUAACGAGGAGUGUUCUAGUUUAGAAGGUACUGCUGAAGGAUCAGAAUCACCUUGUUUUGAAGAUGCCAAUGCUAUACCUGCUCCUGUUUCACUCGAGGAGCUGAAACCUGAACAGAAUGAAGCUGACCAACCGGAGAGCAUUCCCUGUGCUGUCGUUGAAUGUAUGGAAGAAGAUGCAGAUGAGUUAGCUUAUGCAUAUCCAUGCGUAGCAGAGUCAGAAUCAUCUGAUUCUGAAUCAUCCGAUGAGGAUGACCCUGGAAGGAUAUCUGUGUCUGGCGAGGAGAACUGUGAUCCAGAUCCUAAAUAUACCAGGAGCACUUCAUUCAAGGCAGAUUUUUUUAGGUCUAGCAGAACCUCAGAGGACUUUGCCACAUGGCAGCGCAUUAUAAGGUUGGAUGCUAUCCGGUCAAACAGUGAAUGGAUUUUGUUCUCUCGCAACCAAGCUGAAGUUCCCAAGGAGAGAGCAUUGCAGUCUGCAGCAUCUGUUGGGUUGAAAGAUUAUGAUCACUUAGAGCCCAAUAUGAUUUAUCAUGCUGCUCGAUUAGUUGGGUUGCUUGAGGCAUAUGCGGUCUAUGAUCCAGAGAUUGGCUACUGCCAAGGUAUGAGUGAUCUGUUAUCACCUAUCAUUGCGGUGAUGGAAGAGGAUGAUGAAGCGUUUUGGUGUUUUGUUGGUUUCAUGAGGAAAGCAAGGCACAACUUCAGGCUCGAUGAGGUUGGAAUAAGAAGGCAGUUGAAGAUUGUCUCUCAGAUUAUCAAGCGCAAAGAUUCGCACCUGUAUAGGCAUCUGCAGAAGCUGCAGGCUGAGGACUGUUUCUUUGUGUACAGAAUGGUGGUAGUGCUCUUCAGGAGAGAGCUCACUUUUGAGCAAACUGUGUGCCUGUGGGAGGUUAUGUGGGCUGACCAGGCAGCUAUACGAGCCGGGAUCGGGAGGUCCACCUGGGGAAGGAUAAGACUGCGUGCUCCUCCAACUGACGACUUGUUACUUUAUGCCAUUGCCGCUUGUGUCCUGCAGAGGAGGAAGCUAAUAAUUGAGAAGUAUAGUAGCAUGGACGAGAUAUUGCGAGAGUGCAACAGCAUGGCUGGGCAGCUCGACGUCUGGAGGCUGCUAGAUGAUGCACAUGACCUUGUUGUUAACCUUCAUGAUAAAAUCUGA